GAGAGAGAGAGAGAGAGAGAGAGAUAGUUGGUGGAUUGGGUAGCAAACGGCUUUGACAGUCACUAACAGCGUUGCAGUUGACAGCAGCAGAGAGCAGAGUAAUGGAGCCACAAGAGAUCAGAGAGGGAUACUUGGUGAAAAAGGGUACGGUGCUAAACUCCUGGAAGGCAGUGUGGGUGGUGCUGUCAGAUGAUGGGAUGGAAUUCUAUAAAAAGAAAACAGACCAUUCUCCGAAAGGAAUGAUCCCACUAAAGGGAGCAACACUCCUCACUCCUUGCCAGGACUUUGGCAAGAGGACGCUGGUUUUCAAGAUUACGACUGACAAGAAGCAGGACCACUUCUUCCAAGCCUCACAUGUGGAGGAGAGAGAGUUUUGGGUCAAGGACAUCAAGAGAGCCAUUAUCUGUCUGCAGGGGGGGAAAAAGUUUGCUAGGAAGUCCACAAGACGCUCCAUUCGCCUGCCUGACACAGUAAACCUGACUGAGCUGUACACACUGAUGAAAGAUCAGGAUGAUGGAGUGAAAGAGUUAAAACUGGAGCAGGACAAUCGAGUCUUCAACCACUGCUUCACUGGCGCAACAGUGGUCGAGUGGCUGAUUUCAAAUGAGAAAGCAAGAAACAGGCCUGAGGCCCUGAUGUUAGCAACAGGGCUCCUGAAUGAAGGUUUUCUCCAGCCUGCAGGGGACCUGGCAAAAGAUGGCGCUGAGGCUGGAGAGCAAACAGCCUUCUUAGAUCAGACAAAGGCUCUUUACUACUUUGCAGACAGUGGAUUCUUCUGUGAAGGCUACUCCAGUGAUGAAGAUGUGCUUGUGAAGGAAGAAUUCAGAGGAAACAUCAUAAAACAGGGGUGCUUACUUAAACAGGGACAUAGGAGAAAAAACUGGAAGGUGCGCAAGUUCAUACUGCGAGAUGACCCUGCGUUUAUGCAUUAUUAUGACCCCUCAAAGGGUGAUGACCCUCUGGGCUCGAUCCAUCUCCGUGGGUCUGUGGUUACAGCUGUGGAGUAUGUGCCUGAUGCCAAAAAAUAUGACAUUGACGGCAACCUCUUUGAGAUCAUCACCUCAGAUGAGGUUCACUACUUCCUCCAGGCUGCUACAGGCGAAGAAAGAAAGGAGUGGAUCAAAGCAAUACAGGCAGUGUCAAAAAGUGGAAAAUAACAGGAGCAGCGGAGCAGCAGUGCAGUGUCUGCCAGGCACAGUUGAUCCUACUGAUCGUAAAAGUUUGAUAGAUCUGUAAUUAUGUUUAACAGUGUGUUAGCUAAGUGUAACUAAAACAUUAUCUUAAUGUUGUGCUGUGUCAUUCUAGAUUAACUGGAAUGUUUCUCCCCUCUAUACACUAUCAAACCAUGAUGUUUUUGUGAAGUAUGUAACUAACUGAAGAGAAAUAAAAGUUAUAUUGUCUACACUUAA